UACUUGUAUUGUGCCUACCCUCUCCUCUCACGCUCUCUCUCUCUCCGCCCCAUGGAUGACGGAUACUCCUACAAUACAAGUUGUAGUAGUAGUAGUAGGGGUACUGCAUACCUACACAGUGACAGGGAGAUGGAGGUCGAUCCCAAGCAUCCAUACAUCACAUGAUACAUGCACACACAUGCUUAGCUGCAAAACUGCAACAGUUAUUAACAACACUACUACAGUGGGUGAGACUGAUUAGGUAAUAUAAGUACUAGCUACUAGCUAGGAAAGGAGGAGGCCAAUUCAAUUACCUUUGGUUGCAAGCCAAAAAGUAAGUAUCCAUCUCCUUUCCCUUGUCCCACCAAUGCACAAGAACCUUCAUAGUACUGCUACUGCUACCACACUCAUCACAUCUCCUGCUACUCUUCUUACCCAGCCACUGCUCCUCCUCCUCCUUCUUCUUCUUCCUCCUCCGAUCCCCUAGCUUGAUUUGAGCCUGCAGGUCGCUAGCACACCUCCUCCCUUCCGUCCUCAUCAAUCCAUCCCGCGCGCGGGCCGCGUAGCAACCACAGAUCCGCAAUAACAAUCCAAGAAAUUAAACCAAGCUGAACCAAACCCUGAAAAUUCCCCAAUUCUAAAUUCUCCCGAUCCGAAGCCAUCCGCUAAUACAAAAAACAAUCCCCAAAGUCGUAUAACUAACUAUGGUAACAGCUGCACCUCCACUCUUCGCCAUCCAGUAGUAGCGUGCCAUAAACAAAAAGUAUAUCAGGCGCCACUGGUCAAAGUAAAGUCUCAAGGCGGAGGCGGUAGCGGCAGCAGCGUCGAUCGAUCGGCCGGCGUCUACGGCCUACGUUCGACCUGCCUCGACGGACGGCCGGCCGGCUCGAUCUCGACCGAUCGCCGGUCGUCGAUCGGAGAGAUCGAUGGAGUUCACCGCUCCCCCGCCCGCGACCCGGUCGGGCGGCGGCGAGGAGAGGGCGGCUGCUGAGCACCACCAGCAGCAGCAGCAGGCGACGGUGGAGAAGGAGCACAUGUUCGACAAGGUGGUGACGCCGAGCGACGUCGGGAAGCUGAACCGGCUGGUGAUCCCGAAGCAGCACGCGGAGAGGUACUUCCCGCUGGACGCGGCGGCGAACGACAAGGGCCUGCUGCUCAGCUUCGAGGACCGCGCGGGGAAGCCCUGGCGCUUCCGCUACUCCUACUGGAACAGCAGCCAGAGCUACGUGAUGACCAAGGGCUGGAGCCGCUUCGUCAAGGAGAAGCGCCUCGACGCCGGGGACACCGUCUCCUUCGGCCGCGGCGUCGGCGAGGCGGCGCGCGGCAGGCUCUUCAUCGACUGGCGGCGCCGACCCGACCCGCCCGUCGUGCACCACCAGUACCACCACCACCGCCUCCCUCUCCCCUCCGCCGUCGUCCCCUACGCGCCGUGGGCGGCGGCGGCGCACGCGCACCACCACCACUACCCAGCAGCUGGGGUCGGUGCCGCCAGGACGACGACGACGACGACGACGACGGUGCUCCACCACCUGCCGCCCUCGCCCUCCCCGCUCUACCUUGACACCCGCCGCCGCCACGUCGGCUACGACGCCUACGGGGCCGGCACCAGGCAACUUCUCUUCUACAGGCCGCACCAGCAGCCCUCCACGACGGUGAUGCUGGACUCCGUGCCGGUACGGUUACCGCCAACGCCAGGGCAGCACGCCGAGCCGCCGCCCCCCGCCGUGGCGUCGUCAGCCUCGAAGCGGGUGCGCCUGUUCGGGGUGAACCUCGACUGCGCCGCCGCCGCCGGCUCAGAGGAGGAGAACGUCGGCGGGUGGAGGACUAGUGCGCCGCCGACGCAGCAGGCGUCCUCCUCCUCAUCCUACUCUUCCGGGAAAGCGAGGUGCUCCUUGAACCUUGACUUGUGAAGGCAUGGCAGCCGGAGAAGCCGCGUGGUCGUCGUUCUCCUACUCCGUACUCGUACGAUCUAUCUCUACAGCAGCAGCCUACUACUACUACUACUUGCUCCCCGGCCGGCGGCCGCUUCUGGCGCCACUGCAGUGCACUGAAGACGGCACCAACGGUCGUCGUCGUGGAGAGUGAGGGGAUCGAGAUCCAAUCCAGUCCAAGUAAACAAAGGCGGCGGCGGCGGUACGUGGCCGGCCGGUGCAAGUAAGGAUCGAUCGAGCUGGAGUGGAGGAGCACUGCGCUGCGCUGCACCAACAAGUCUUCACUCGUAACCCGUAUAUAGCUCAUCUCUCCCAAUUUCUUUUUAGCAAUUCCGGUGUGAAGGGGGAAACAAGGAAAUUAAGAACAAAGCAGCAGCAACAAGUUAUAAAAAAAUGAUUUCUUCUUCUCGAUGGUUAA